AGUUAAGGGAAGUGGACGACAUUGCGAUUUCACGUUGCACCGACCGCCAAACCGCCGUUGAGGACGCUGUCUGCGUCGCCAACACUUAAACCUCUCCCGUCUCCGAAUCUUGCCCCUAAACCCUCCCCCUCCCGACCCGGAAGUCCUCCCGCGUCGCCGCACUAGCAGAAGCGCUAAAACCAUCGACACGACGCAUUUCAUUACGGAGUCCGUUUGGAGCGCCGCCAAGUUUGGACAAAGUAGGGCCACGGUGACUUGAACGUCACCAGACUAAGACGCCGUUCUUGGAGUCUUCGCGUCGGGAGCAACUCGUCUCGGUUCGGGAAGCCGUUCCGGCUAUUUUAGCUUAGCGGGCCGGCCGCUGUCGAAGAGGAGCCGAUGCGGCAAAUAGACGAGUGUGAUCGUCGCGUAAAAAUGUGUGCGCAACCGACGGCGCGGUGCGCGCAGGAACGAGAAGAAAAGAAGCGGCGACCACGUCGAACAUUCCCACCGGACGACGUUUUAAGGCUCCGCGAAGCAGGCGUCAGCCGAGAGCUUCGCCGUGAGCGGCAGGAGCCGGAGCUCCUCCGCAUCAAAGAGGAAGAGGAGCCAGAGCCCGCUCGAGGUCAAGGCGAGGCGCCGGGUUCCGCUUUGAUUAAAGAAGAAGAGCAGGAAGCCGACGUCAGCCACUUUCCACUGACGGUCAUUGUGAAGAGUGAAGAUGAGGAUGAGGACGAAGCUGAUGGAGGAUCUGCAUCAGGCGCCUUCUUUGCGCCGCUGACAGACAGCGACGACGCCACGUCACACGCUCCUGACACGGAUGAUGAUGAUGAUGAGGAGGAGGAGGAGGAGGAACCGGAAGCGGAACCCUCCAAAGGUGCUGCGAUGUGCCCCAGCAAACGUGUGAAAUGUCCCCAGUGUGACAAAACAUUUUACAACAAGUCGACAUUGAAAAGACACACGAGGACACACACCGGAGAAAAGCCUUUUGCCUGCUCGAUAUGCGGGAAAGGAUUCUCCAUCAAGACAAACUUAACCAGGCACAUCCGAAGACACGAUGGAGAAAAAGCUUUUGCCUGCUUAGCUUGCCAUAAACGAUUCUCCAUCAAGGAAGAUUUGAAAAUACACACAAGGACGCACACUGGGGUGAAACCUUUUGCUUGCUCCGUUUGCGGCCAAAGAUUCUCUCGAAAUACAAUUUUAACGACACACAAUAGGACACACACCGGGGAAAAACCUUUUGCCUGCACGCUGUGCGGCCUUCGAUUCACUCAAAAGACAAAUUUGACGAGGCACGCAAAAACCCACACCGGCGAGAAACCUUUCGCUUGUUCCGUCUGUGGGAAAACCUUUAACCGGAAGACAAAUUUAGCGGCGCACUCCAAGACGCACGCCGAGGAGAAACAAUUCGGUUGUGGCGAGUGCGAGAAAAGGUUUCAUUUCAAGCGUGACGUUAAGAGACACAAAUGCGCUGGCGAAAAGAGCGGCCAGCAAUCAAGCUGCUGAAAGGGAAAAAAAGAGUCUGUGCUGCUCUUCAGUGAAGUAUUCCCUUAUACGGGGAAAUUAAAACCGGACGUUGGACCAGACCCUUCAAAGUAAAACGGGAAAUAAUUGAGAGCAUAUUUGUCCGUUCACAACAAUGUUACGUCAAAGGACGUGCGCAACGUACCGUCGGAGUGAAGAAUU